AUGGCUAAAAGAUUUGGCUUAUCAGAAAAUGAUAAAUUUACCAUGUUAUCUGGUAUUGCUCAUGAUCCAAUUCAAAGAGAUAUGUUUACUCCGUUAUUCUUGGGUGCCCAAUUAUUGGUUCCAACUGCGGACGAUAUCGGUACUCCAGGUAAAUUAGCUGACUGGAUGAGCAAUUAUGGGGCCACUGUUACCCAUUUAACUCCAGCUAUGGGUCAAUUAUUAAGUGCACAAGCUACCACCCCAAUUCCAAGUUUGCAUCAUGCUUUCUUUGUUGGUGAUAUUUUAACCAAGAGAGAUUGUUUGAGAUUGCAAAGUUUAGCUGAAAAUGUCUUCAUUGUUAAUAUGUAUGGUACAACUGAAACCCAAAGAUCUGUUUCUUACUUUGAAAUCAAGAGUCGUAAAGAAGAUCCAACUUACUUGAAGAAUUUGAAAGAUGUUAUGCCUGCAGGUACUGGUAUGCAAAACGUUCAAUUAUUAGUUGUGAAUAGAAAUGAUCGCUCCCAAACUUGUGGUGUCGGUGAAGUUGGGGAAAUUUACGUCAGAGCUGCUGGUUUGGCUGAAGGUUACCGUGGGUUACCAGACAUGAAUGCUGCCAAAUUUAUCACUAAUUGGUAUGUUGAUCCAGAAGAAUGGAUUAAGCAAGACAAAGUCAAUGCUAAAAGUAGCGAAACUUGGAGAGAACACGGUUGGUUGGGACCAAGAGAUAGAAUGUACAGAUCUGGUGAUUUGGGUCGUUAUUUGCCUGAUGGUAAUGUUGAAUGUUGUGGUAGAGCCGAUGAUCAAGUCAAAAUUAGAGGCUUUAGAAUUGAGUUAGGUGAAAUUGAUACCCAUUUAUCUCAACACCCAUUAGUUAGAGAGAACGUUACUUUGGUUAGAAGAGAUAAGAACGAAGAACCAACUUUAAUUUCUUAUAUUGUUCCAAAAGAUUCUCCAGAAUUGAAAAACUUCAAGUCGGAAAUUGAUGAUUCUGCUGAAGAAGUCAAUGAUCCUAUUGUUGAAGGUUUGGUUGCUUACAGAGAGUUGAUUAAAGAUAUUAGAGCUUACUUGAAAAAGAAAUUAGCUUCCUAUGCAAUUCCAACUAUCAUUGUUCCAUUAGUUAAAUUGCCAUUAAAUCCAAAUGGUAAAGUUGACAAGCCAAAAUUACCAUUCCCAGAUACUGCUCAAUUAGCUGCUGUUUCAAAAUUAAGUGUCGGUGGUAAAGACUCCCAAGAUAUCGAAGAAGAAAACUUGACUAAAAUUGAAGAACAAAUUAGAGAUUUGUGGUUCGAUGUUUUACCAAACCGUCCAGCUACCAUUUCAAAACAAGAUUCAUUCUUUGAUUUGGGUGGUCAUUCUAUUUUGGGAACUAGAAUGAUUUUUGAAUUGAGAAAGAAAUUAAAUGUUGAAGUCCCAUUGGGUGUAAUCUUCAAAAACCCAACGGUUGAACAAUUUGCUAAAGAAGUUGAAAAAGUCAUCAAAGGUCAAGACUUCCAAUUAGCAGAUGAAGGUAAAACUGUUAAAGAACAAGAAAAUGAAGGUGCCAACAAGGAGAGAGAAUUAAAUUAUGCUGAAGAUGCUGUUGAAUUGUCCAAGACGGCUCUUUUAUCUUCAUAUCCGUCAUUAAAAGAAAUUCCAGAAAGUUCCGUUAAUGUAUUUGUGACUGGUGCUACUGGAUUCUUGGGUUCUUUCAUUAUCCGUGACUUGUUGACUGCUCGUAAAGGCUUGGACACCAAAGUUUAUGCGCAUGUUAGAGCUUCUUCCAAAGAAGCUGGUUUACAAAGAUUGCGUCAAACUGGUACUACAUAUGGUAUUUGGGAUCCAUCAUGGGAAAAUAAAAUUGAAAUUGUUUUGGGUGAUUUGUCUCAAAAACAAUUUGGAUUGGACGAUUCCAAAUGGGCAGAUUUGACUAACAACAUUGAUGUUAUUAUUCAUAAUGGUGCUUUUGUUCAUUGGGUCUAUCCAUAUUCUCAAUUGCGUGAUGCAAAUGUCAUUGGUACCAUCAAUGUGUUGAACAUGGCUGGUGAAGGUAAACCAAAAUUCUUUUCUUUUGUUUCAUCUACUUCUUCCUUGGAUACCGAUUAUUUUGUUAAUUUAUCAGAUGAAUUAUUAUCUCAAGGUAAAUCUGGUAUUUUGGAAUCUGACGAUUUACAAGGUUCUAGUAAAGGUUUGGGUAAUGGAUAUGGCCAAUCUAAAUGGUCAGCCGAAUACAUUAUUAGACGUGCUGGUGAAAGAGGUUUAAGAGGUUGUAUUACCAGACCAGGUUACGUUACUGGUUUUUCUAGGACUGGGGCUUCCAACACAGAUGAUUUCUUGUUGAGAAUGUUGAAAGGAUCUGCAGAAUUGGGUGCAUAUCCAGAUAUCACUAACAACGUAAACAUGGUUCCAGUUGAUCAUGUUGCUAGAGUUGUUACUGCUACUGCUUUGAACCCACCAAAUGAUGAUGAGUUGUCUGUUGCUCAUGUUACAGGACAUCCAAGAAUCCAAUUCAAUGAUUACUUGGGAUGUUUGAAUACUUAUGGAUAUGAUAUUAAACCGGAAGAUUACCCAGUUUGGACAACUUCUUUAGAAAAAUUUGUCGUUGAAGAAAGUAAAGAAUCGGCAUUGUUCCCAUUAUUGCAUUUUGUUUUGGAUAAUUUACCUCAAGAUACCAAAGCCCCAGAAUUGGAUGAUACAAAUGCUGCAAAAUCAUUAGCAAAAGAUGCCAAAUAUACUGGUGAAGAUGUCAGUAAAGGUAAAGGUGUUGACUUGGAACAAACUGGUAUCUAUAUUAGUUACUUAAUCAAAAUUGGAUUCUUACCAAAACCAACCGGUGCUAAUGCCAAAAAGCAAUUACCAGAAGUCGAAGUCAGUCAAGAAAGUUUGGACUUGAUCAAUCAAGGUGCUGGUGCUCGUGGAUCUGCUGCUAAGUAA